AUGUCACAUUUGCAAGCAUCAAAUCUUUUCUCGGUCCAAGACCGAGUGGUGGUUAUCACCGGCGGAGGCAGCGGACUGGGUCGCACUAUGGCUCGCGCUCUAGCCAUCAACGGUGCAUCCAAGAUCUUUGUCCUUGGUCGUCGAGAAGAUGCUUUGCAGGAAACAGCGGCACAAGCUCCCGACGCCUCCGUCAUCCCUAUCAAGUGUGAUAUCACGUCAAAGGACUCGUUAGAGGCGGCAUAUCAGGCUGUUGCUGCUCAGACCAGCCAUGUUGAUGUCCUCUUCGCCAACAGUGGUGUUCUGGGUCCCAAGAUGCGUUCUCCCCUGCCCAAGGCCGAUGGGUCCUUGCCCUCUCUGACGGAGGUUCGGAAUGAGCUCUUCAAUGUGCCGAUGGAAGAUUUUACCAGCGUCUUGAAUGUCAAUGUUACUGGCUCGUACUACACCGUUCUGGCAUUCCUGCCUCUACUCGAGGCGGCGAACAAAAGACGUCCAGCCCCGGAGGUGGGUGUGCUCACUCCACCGACGGCCCAAGUGGUUAUCACCAGCUCGAUCGCGGGGUAUAUCCGAAAAGUGCCAUUUAGCUAUGCCUACAAUGCGUCAAAGGCUGCCACCACGCAUUUGGUUAAAAUGCUGUCUACAGGGCUCUCGUCGUAUGAUAUCCGCGUCAACGGUAUCACCCCUGGGCUGUACCAUUCCGAGAUGGCCAGUAACAUUACGACCGACGGCGGCGUCCAAGGAGACGGUAUCUCGGAGGGCUCCUUUCCACGAGAAAUGAUUCCGCUCACUAGAGGCGGGAGUGAAGAGGACAUUGCCGGCUUGAUCCUGUGGAUGGCAAGUGCCUCCGGUGGUUAUUUGAAUGGUUCUAUCAUGGUCACUGAUGGCGGCCGAGUGAGCAUUUUGCCAAACACGUACUGA